AUCUUUCUGCUUCAGCCUCUCAAGUGCUAGGAUAACAGGUCUGCGCCACCAUACCCGGCUUUUAAUUGUGAUUGAGAGUCUCCCCGUCCACUUGUCUCAAGCACGAGGAACUGGUCCAUUUUUGAAUUUCACUGUAUGCCUGGGACUGGCACACUGCAAACCUUAGACCUGGUUGAAUGAUACAGAGAUGGCCAAAUGGAUGUGCCCAUACUGUGGAACACUGCCAGGAGUUGGAAUGAUACAGAGCAAUAUACAGUAUUGUCAUGAAAAGAUCUCCAAAGUAAAGUGAGUGGUGGGGCAGCAGUGUAAGGUAAUAUAGAAAUACCAGUCUGUUCCCCUCACGGUGUGAGAGAAUGUAGAACAGGAAGUUGAAAUAGAAUCCAUUUGCAGUAGUAGUUAGUGUUCACCCGAUAAUACUGUGGAGGGUGCAAAAGAGUCUUCAGAGGGAGUGAAGGAAGUGGUUUUUGGAGUGGUAGUCAAAGGAAAGCCUUAAUCGUACUUCUAAAAGUCUGCUUUACAAUUUACUGCAGUAAGAUUCACCAAUUUUAACUGCAUACUAUCUGGUUUUUUAAAUUGCUCAUCACUAUUCAUUAUAUAGAUACAGUUGGGGGCUUUUUUUGAGACAAGGUCCUUCUGUGUAGUCCAGGCUGGCCUCAAACAUGGUGAUCUUCCUGCCUCAGCCUCCUGGGUGCUGGGAUCACAGGCACGCACCACCACCACACCCAGCCUUAGUUGUGGGUUAUUAUGAAUAGACCUGCUAUGAACAUUACAAAAAAAGGAGCUUUAUCCCAAAGGCAGACACAGGAAGUAUGAGUGGUGGCUGUCCUUACUGGCUUGGCUCUGGAUCACAGACACCCAAGACUGAGCCCUGGACUCCUCUUCUCCAAAAUGAAGAACACCAGUCUAAUUGAUGAGGCUGUUUGGAAGGACAGAGCCCGGACUGGCAGAUUCCAGGCCAGGGAGGAAGAGGAACUCAUUUGCUGGGCUGAGCAUGAGCUGAGGGUCAGGCCGACAGUCCCGGGAUGCCCCUGCCUGAGCCCAGUGAGCAGGAGGACGAGAGCAUGAAGCCAGCCCAAGAGCCAUCCCUGGAGCCCAGCAUGGACGGCGUCCCAGCAGACCCCAGUGAACCCCAGGAGUUCCCCAAUCUGGUCCUGCUGACAACCUCAGACCAAGAGGGGGUCGAGGUGGGCGCUGAUCCCACGGAAGUACACUGUGUCAUCUCCCUGGAGGUGGUUGACCCCUCCACCCUGGCCAGCAACCUCCAGAUCCUGCCAGCUGAGGAGCAGGUCCAGGCAAUGCAGCCGCGCCUGUGGUCCUCGGGGCUAAAGCGCAGCAAGCUGGAGCCAGUCUCCGAGCCCCUGGAGUUCCUAAGGACCCCGUUCGGGGGCCGCCUGCUGGUCCUUGAAUCCUUCCUGUACAGGCAGGAGAAGGCAGUGGGGGACAAGGUGUACUGGAAGUGCCGCCAGCAUGCUGAGCUGGGCUGCCGGGGCCGGGCCAUCACCCGCGGCACAAGGGCUACGGUGAUGCGGGACCACUGCCACCCCCCUGACGAGGAAGGCCUAGCGGCCCGGCGCCAGAAAGAGAAGCUACCUAGCUCACCCUUGCCAGAGAGCUUGAGGGAUCCCCAGGGUCCAGUGGAGGAGCUGCUCAGGGGAGUGGGUCCGUGGCGGCACCCGGAGGGACCAGGGCGCAACUCCCAGCAUGUACAGAGCAAGCCAGUCCCACAGCAGCCAGAGACCGUGUCCGUGCUGAGCUUGCCACCCAAGAAACGCCAGAUGCUACGCAUGGGCCUGCCCCCAGGCCUGGAGUUCCUCAACACAUGCUACGGGGGCAGCUUCCUCGUGCACCAGUCCUUCAUCUACAAGCGGGAGAAGACUGUGGGCGACAAGGUGUACUGGACGUGCCGGGACCACACGCUGCAUGGCUGCCGCAGCCGUGCCGUCAGCCAGGGUCAUCGGGUCACAGUGAUGCGUGGCCACUGCCACCCACCCGACAUGGAGAGCUUGCAGGUUCGGCGGCGGCAGCAGGAGAAGGCCAUUCGGACACUUCAGGCCAGGCCACCUGGCCUUGGGGGCUGCAAGGACAAGCUGCUCCGAGGCAUGGACAGUCUCGCCUGUCACCAGGGGCCUGGGCCCAGAAAGAAAGCAAAGAAAGGUCAGGAGCUCUCUGCCCAGACCGAAGCCCCGCAGGGAUCCCCUGAAGAGGACCAGGAUACUGAUCCCGGAGGCCCUGAGUUUCUGCGGACCCCACUAGGGGGCAGCUUCCUGGUGUACGAGUCCUUCCUCUACAGGCGGGAGAAGGCCGCCGGCGACAAGGUGUACUGGACGUGCCGGGACCAGGCACGCAUGGGCUGCCGCAGCCGCGCCAUCACCCAGGGCCGGCAAGUGACGGUGAUGCGUGGCCACUGCCACCCACCCGACCUUCUGGGCCUGGAGACAAUGCGGCAGCGGAACAAACACCCCAGCCACACUCAUCGGGAGAGCCUGGGAGGUCCCGAGUUCAUACGGACCCCACUAGGGGGCAGCUUCCUGGUGUACGAGUCCUUCCUCUACAGGCGGGAGAAGGCCGCCGGCGACAAGGUGUACUGGACAUGCCGGGACCAGGCGCGCAUGGGCUGCCGCAGCCGCGCCAUCACCCAGGGCCAGCGUGUAAUGGUCAUGCGCAGGCACUGCCACCCCCCUGACCUAGGUGGCCUAGAGGCCCUGCGGCAGCGGGAACACCUGCCCAACCUGGCCCAGUGGGAAGGCCCAGAGCCCCAGCAGCCCCUGGAGUUCCUGAGGACGUCCCUUGGUGGCAGGUUCCUGGUGUACGAGUCCUUCCUGUACCGGAAGGAGAAGGCUGCCGGCGAGAAGGUGUACUGGAUGUGCCGGGACCAGGCCCGGCUGGGCUGCCGCAGCCGCGCCAUCACCCAGGGCCGGCGUGUGAUGGUCAUGCGUGGCCACUGUCACCAGCCCGACCUGGCCGGCCUGGAGGCCCUGCGGCAGCGCGAGCGACUCCCCAGCUCGGCCCAGCAGGAGAACCCAGAAAAGAUAAAACUUUUGCCUGAAGCUCAACUGUGCAUCAAGACUUGUUCUGAAAGCCAGAAGAAUUGUGGGAACGUGGAGGAGACCAGGCCAGACAGUGGGGCCCAGUGAGAUGUCUCCAUGCGGGCAGCAGAAGGGCGCUGGCCGGGGUCCCAGUGCUUCCGGUCCACACAGACAUUUUCCAUCCAUCUAGAGUCGCUUGACAAGUUCUUCAUCCUUCCCAAGUAUCGAUGGCCGUUUCCUCACAGGUCUCUCUGUGCUUGGACAGUGUCCCUGUGUCACGCAGAGCUGGUGGCAUGUGGCGGGCAGGGAGGGGCGGUGCAGGGCAUGGAA